AUAAAUAGAAUAAUAAUACUAAUAAUAAUAAUAAUAAGACGACAUUGUUAAAUCGCAUUAUUGUACGAGAGUAAUUAGUUUCGCAAAUAAAUAUAUCGAAAUGGAUUGGGAAAAUGGGCGGGUGGUGGGUGGUAGAAGAAGAAACAUUGGAAGUAUGUUGAGAAAUCGUGAAUCCACGGAUGAAAUAACAAAAUUGGAGGAAGAAUUGAAACGAGCUUAUUGUAGGAAAGAAUUGGUGGCCCAAUUAGCAGCUAAAAAAAGUCAAGAAGAUAUGGAAAGAGCCAAGGCGCAUUUGGAAUCGGAGAAAAAUCGAUUAUUGGCGUCGAUCGAAUUGGACGACGAGGAUAGGAGGAGAAUAAUCAAAAGGGAUGAGGCUCGAGAGGAAAUGGUAAGGGAGAUAGCUGAGAGAAGGGCAAGGGAAGCUGAGGAAAAGACCAGGUUAAUGGAGGAAGGGCUAAGGGAGAGGAGACAUUUGGAAGAGGUUGAUCGCAAGUUAGAGGAAUAUGAGAAUUUGAAAAAAUUAAAAAAGAAAUUGCAAUUGACCAGCGACAUGAUCAAGGAUAGGAAAAUGUCAUCGGAUUUGUUCGACAUUCAGAUGGCUUAUAAGAAGGAGGAAGAGGAAAAGUUGGAAAGGGAUAGACGGAUAUAUUUGCAGGAGAUCGAACGAAGGGCCAAGGAAGCACAAAAUCGUAGGGUCGAGCUUGAGAAACGUCGAGAACGGGUUCUAACUUCUUUACUGACAACCAUUCUUGAAGAAGACGCUAGUGAACGGGAGAAGAAACGACUCCUUCAGGAGCUAGUUUUCGAAGAACUCGAAUUGGAUCGAGUUAUCAGAGAUUGGCAGGACAGGGACAUCAAGAAUAGGAUGACCAAAGCAUUGGCGAAUUCUUUGAAAGAACAGAUCAAAUUGACGGAACUAUGCAAAGCCAAUUUCUUACGUCGCAAUCAACAAUUUGCUGAGGAAAUGUCGAAAAAAUUAGCCGAGGAUGAUAAAAUAACUCGAUUAAAUGCCGAUGCUAAGAAAAGAGCAUUGUUCAAAUAUCGUCAGGAUCUUGAAAAAAUGAUAAUCGAACGUCAAAGGAUUAUCGAGGAAGAAAUUAGUAAAAUUGAACAAGAAAUUCAAGAAGAACAUAUAUUAGAAGCAUGCAGACAAGAGCUUAUAAAAAAGGAACGCAGUUCUUUAUUGUUAGAACAUGCUGCCAAUGUUGCUGAAUAUUUAGAUACCAGUUUACUUACCGAAUACGAACAAGAUAUACUUCAUAAUAUUUCAUUGUCAUCGAUGAACGAGACUACAAAGGAGAAAAAUGAUGAUAAUUCCAAGAUUAGGAAUGUUUCCAACUUGCCAGAAGAGGACUACUCUGUUGUCGAAAACAUCAAUAAAUUACAUUUUCACGAAUCAUAAGAACAUUCAAUUAACAUGAUAUUUAUUUUCUAUUAGUUUCAGAUCUGUGUUUAUCGAUUGUUUUCUCGAGAAUAUCGAAAUUGUUGUUUUCGUCGAAGAGAAACGGCCGCCGACAAAGAAACACCGAUCGAAGAAAAAUCGAUCGUUGGAUCCUUUCGAUCCCAAU